GGCAAGGGGAAAGGCCGCGCUCGCGUCGUGGGUGGUAAAGAUGGCGGCAGCGGAGCGGCAGAACGGGUGGGAAAGGUAGCGCUCCUCCCGGCUCGGGUAAACCACGGCUCGAAGGACGGCGGCCGCGGGCUGGAAGGAAGAAUGGGGCCGGCCGCCGCCUUCCUGGGCCUGCUGCAGGGGAAGGCGGCGCCGCGUGCGUUCUCCGCCGGGUACAGGCCGCGGUGGGGCCUGCUCAUCUCGGCCUCGGGAGCAGCGGGACGAAGGCAGCGCGCUGGGGGCCGGGCCGCGGCCGUCACCUUCUGUGCCCCGCUGCGUCCCCUCGGGCCGCGUACAGCGCGGGGCGUCGCAGCUCUUGUUCCGUUUCCUUCUAGAGAGAGUAUAAAAGGGAAAGCGAAACUCCGCUUGAGGGAGUGCGAUGUUGGGGACAAGUUCUCCCAUCUGCCUCUGCGCAAGGCCUCGGUGCUGCUGCCGCUGCUGCUGCGGGACGGGGCGCUGUGCCUGCUGCUCACCGUCCGCUCCAUGCAGCUGAGAAGAUCACCUGGGGAGGUGUGUUUUCCAGGAGGUAAAAGGGAAGAAAUAGACAAAGAUGAAAUUGAUACUGCUCUCCGAGAAGCCAAAGAAGAAGUGGGACUGCAGCCAGAGAAGGUGGAAGUCAUCUGUAGGCUUGUGCCUGGAAUUGAUAAAAUGAAUCAUUUGGUAACACCAGUUGUAGGAUUUAUAGAGGAUACGUUCCAGGCCUCUCCUAAUCCAGAUGAAGUGAGCGAUGUUUUUGUUGUGCCAUUGGAGUACUUUCUCAAGCCUUUAAAUUACGUGGCCUUGCCGUAUAAAAAUAAAGGUUACUUAAGCUGGAUGCACUGCUUUACAUAUGAUGACCACGAACAUAAAAAAUCAUUCAAGAUAUGGGGACUUACUGCACAUUUUGCUGUAUUUCUUGCUAUUGUAAUUUUUAGGACGAAACCCACCUUUGAAGUUCAUUAUGAUCUUGACAACUUAAUUACGUCUGCUGAGAAUGAUUUUUUGAACUUAUAUGCAUCCAUAAGUGAAAGAAAGAAGAGUAGUCUAUAACAAACUGGUCUGACGGUCUGUGAAGGAGAAAAAAGGUUAGGGUUUGUGUUCUUUGUAUCAAUUACUUGAUUGAAUUCAUAUUUGCAUUCCUGCUGAAUUGGAAAACUUUUUAAUAAAACCAAGUUGUCAAACACUAACUAGAUUUAUAAAUGCUAUCUGUUUUCGAGUUACCAAAAGCACACAGUGUUUUUUUUAAUGAACUUAUCAUACAGAUUUAGAAGGUCAGGUUCAAUUUCUGCCUUUGUUUUGUGUGAUUCAAGACUGACUUUCUGCGUCUUUCUUGUUUUUCUUUUAAUGAAAUAAAACUUCUGAUUUUUGCCUGUUGGAAAUAGAACACAAAAACUUUUUGGGAUCCAUCCACAUCUCACCAUAGGACAUAUAGCAUAUCUUCAAUGCAUAUGCUAUUGUUUGCAUCUUUAACCACUUGAAAAAAUGCGUAAUAAAAAUAUAAAAGGUG